AUGACUGUCGAUAGAAUCAUCAGUGACCCCAGCCUCGCCGCCGUGCUGCAGGUGUCGGACCAGGCACGCGACCAGGCCCGCGACCUGCUGCAGCUCAUCGGCGCGCCCGCGACGCCCGAGAACAGCGUCGAGGUGGCCAAGCAGCAGAAACGUCUUCUUACGAGCAUCUCGCACCUGCGCGGCCUCCAUCGCAACGCCUCGUUUGCCGCGCGUGACACCAAGGCGCAGACGGCCGAGCGCCGCCACGACGUCGACCGCCUGCACCUGCAGCUGCAGAACCUGUAUUAUGAGCAGCGCCAUCUCCAGGACGAGAUUGUGGCCUGCGAAUCCUACGAUCAUAAAUACCAGCAACUGCCGUUGAUUCCAGUCGAAGAGUUCCUCGCGCAGAACCAGGACCACGCAACUGAUGACGAGAAUGAGCUCAUGUUUGCGAGAAUCGAGCACGAGCGAGCGGAACGCGAGGGCUUGGAGCAGCGCCGCCAAGAACUUCUCAAGAGAAAGCAAAAGCUAAUUGCUGAAAACACGCGCCGCAAGGAGGAUCUUGCCAAUUUGGACCAGAAUUUGGAGAAGUUUAUUGACGCUGCCAAACCCAUACUGCAACUUUUCGAAAAGGCUCCAUGA